AUGUACAUGGGUCAAGAGGUUGCAAGUGGUGGACUACGGCUUGUCACAAUGAAAUAUUCCGCUCUCUGGCGGAAAAUGCACAAGAUGAUCCACAAUAUCUUGAAUGUGCGCGCCGCCGUCACGUACGUCCCGUAUCAGGAUCUGGAGAACAAGCGAAUGCUGCUCGACUUUCUCGUCAAGCCCGGUGAAUUCGUUGGCCACAUUCGACGCUAUAUCAACUCCCUUACGACGCAAAUGAUCUUUGGGUUUCGAACUGUGGACAGCAAUGACCCCAAGCUCAAGCAGCUAUUCCAUGGAUUUGAGCUCUGGGGAGAACUGGUGCAGGGUGCUAGUUCUCAAUUAUUAGAUCUGUAUCCUAUUCUUCAAAACCUUCCCCCGUUCCUUCGCCCGAACUACAACUACGCACGGGAGCUUCACAGGAAAGAGAUGGGCUUGUACCUGGGGCACUGGAUGAAUACCAAGAAAGCGCUUCACGACGGAACUGCCAAGCCGUCUUUUUGUAAUGAUCUGCUUCGAGUGCAGGAGCAGGAACAGAUUUCUGAUGAACAAGCGGCUUACCUGAGUGGAUCACUUCUAGAAGCUGGAUCCGACACGACUGCAUCUAUUCUUGUUGGAUUUAUACAAGCCAUGAUGGUCUUCCCGGACGUCCAACAGAAGGCACAGGAAGAGAUGGACAGGGUCGUGGGGUUAGGCAGGUUACCCGUCAUGGAAGACCUUGACAGCCUGCCGUACAUUAGAGGAUGCGUUAAGGAGAGCAUUCGCUGGAUGCCAACAACGAUAAUGGCAGCCCCUCAUGGUGUUACGCAGGAUGACGAGUACAUGGGCUAUCGAAUCCCCGCUGGUGCCACAGUCAUCUGCAAUGUUUGGGCAAUCCAUAUGGACCCCAAAAGAAACCCAGACCCUCGCAGAUUUGACCCAACACGCUUCGAGAACGACAAUCGGACCGAGUUGGAAUCAGCAACAACGCGUGACCCCAGCCAGCGCAACAACUUCAUAUUCGGCGCGGGUCGCCGGUUAUGCCAAGGUACGCACAUCGCGGAGCGCUCGUUGUUUCUUGGUAUAUCGCGCAUAUUAUGGGGAUUUGAUAUCAAACGCCCCAUUCACCCUCUAACCGGGGAACCGGGGCCCUUGCCGGAUAUUGAUAAUCUAGUUGGGAGCCUGACGGUACAACCGGCGCCUUUUGAAACCGCUAUAACUGCGCGCAGCGACAAGAAGGCGCAGAUGAUCCGAGAGUCGUGGGACGAUACACAAGAGUGCUUUCUAGACAAGGAAACCUUGCAGUGGAAAGAAGUCCCCGGAGGCAUGGCUUUCAGUACGUGGAUGCCAGGGAAAGUCGAUAGUCAUAAUCCGGACAAGUAG